UAAUGAGUAUUAUUAUUAUUAGUAUUAUUAUUAUGACUUUGGCGAGCCCAAAAAGACUAUAAUUAGAGAUUUUUUUUAGACCAAAUAUUUUUAGUUUUAUGAUUUAUUUGAGUUUGUUACUUACUACUGAUCAUAAGAAAAGAAAAUAUCUGUUACCUUAAAAACCUUGGAAUGAUAAAAUAAAACUAUUCGCUCUCGGAGCGUGUUUGGAGUCAACUAUCAGUAGAAUAUUGGUACAUACCAAGAACUACCCUACCCAUAAUUCCAGUAAAACCGUUACUAUGGAGAUGUUGCUAACCUAGACUUUUUCCUGAAUUAGAAAGAGAGCUAAAACAUUUUUGGCGUGUCUGUUCGACUAAGUGGACGGAAUGUUCAUGACUAAACCAGUGAAAUAACAGUAUUUAUGCUUCCUCAUGAAGCUGCAUUCAGUUUUUGGGCAGCGUUUUUCCUUUUUCCUGUUUACAUCCGCGGGGGUUUGGCGCUGCUAAUGCGCGCGAGUUUUCAAAGCGGAUGAGUCGACGUCACGCGUAUGUUGAACAGGCUAGUUAGCUGGCUAACUUGUGUUAGCUUCUGAUUUUAGAGUUUACUCCCCGGAGAAAUGCUCGGAAAGUUUUGUUAAACGCUGCACUAGCAAAAAUAAUCGACGUCUACAGAUACCGUUCUAUAUGAAAGGGGUUUGUGCUUUUGUUAAUUAAAAAAAAGCAACAAAGUUUUUUUUUAAAUCGCUGCUUUAAAAUGUAAACAGUAGCAUAGUCAGCACUCAACUGAAUCUUAGAUGAGCUACUAAAAGGAACUUCCAACUUUUUUACCCCCUCCACUUGGCAGUGCAACAUGUCCAUUGAUUUUGACAGCGCUGCCCUUCAGACUCAACAUGAGGAAGAUGAAUACGACCAGGAAGACUACGCAAGAGAACAAGAGCUGCACAAGCUGCUCACUGACUUACCAGAUGACAUGCUGGAAGAUAGCAGAGACUCCUCCUCCCCUGAGCUGGAGAGCUCUACCUACAGCAAUAAAAACAGCGGCAGCAGCCCUCAGACGAAGUGGAACCAGGAUUGGUCUGAUCAUUCGCAUCCAACCUCUCACACACAGGCCUACGAAGUCGACUGUGAUCACGGCUCGCAUGAUGAGUAUGUGUACGAGGAUGGACCUGCCCACGCUAACGGACACCUGCCUCAGAAUCUGCCUCCCGGCUGGACCCAGGGUCGUCACUUUGCUCAGGAAAAUCGAACAAACAUGGACUCAGAUGAAUAUGUAGAGACCGGGGAUUAUUCUGCAGAGUGUGACCCCCGGUUGUUCCCUGAAAGCACCAGAAGCAAUCUGGAUUAUAAUGGCGAUGGAGGCUACAGGAAUCCGCAGUGCCUUGGCGACCACAACACCAGAAAUCAUUUCCAAAAGUUAAACUCUGGACCAGGUGACCAUGGCAACAAUCAGUUCAAGGUUAAUUAUAACCCUCAGCAUCCAGCCCAUCAGCCAAAAAUGUUAAACCCUCAUAGUGCUCAGCAAAAAGAUCAAUUCGAACAGCUACAGAGGGAAUUUCUUGAUUCGACGCAACAAACCGCAGACAGGGAGCAGGUCGCCCAGCUGCAGGUGUUAAACAAAGCUCAGCAGAGGCAAAUUGAAGACCUGGAGCGGAAACUGGAAGAUUCACGCCGAAAUAUGAGAUACAUCGAGCAUCAGUUUGCAAUUGUCAAGGAUGAAAAAGAUGGCCUGGCGGUAAGUUUCAGGGAGUCGAGUCGAUUGAUUGAAGAAGCAAAGAAAGGAGAAGCUCAAAUGCAAAGCAAACUAAAGGCUCUGGAGCAGCAGGUCAAGAUCCUGAAAGAGAAAGACCAGGAGAACAUGAAGAAGCUGAAGGUUGCUGAUGCUGCAGUGGACAGCAUGAAGCAGCAGAUGCUGGAGCUUUGUCGCUCUGACACGCUGUCCAGAGCGCGGCAGCAGCAUGACAGAGACCUCGCCGUCAUAAAGGAGCAACACGAAGCGGCGCUGCUGGCCUUGCAGCAGAAACUCGACUCCACCUCCCAGGCUUUGAACGACCAGAUUGAUGUUAGUCAGAAGUUGCAGCAGCAAGUUCAGCAGCUGGAGCGUCAGAGAGAGGAAGAGCAGCUGGAGAGAGCCAGAAUCGUCAAUUCUCUGAGCCAGCGCCUCGAAGAGAGUCAGCAGCAAUGUGCCAAGCUGCUGCAGACGAAUUCUGUUCAGGAAAUGAGUCAAAUGCAGAUCAAACUACAACAAGCUCAGUCAGCCAAGACGCUGAGUGAAAACCUAAACAAAGUUUUACAGGAGGACAUGGCUGAACUGAAGGAGCAGAUUACGCUGUAUGAAUCUGCACUGAAACACGGCGUUAUAGCGUUUGACCUCAGUAACGACUGGGAGAACCAACUGUCUGAAUCCUGCAUGGAUCUGGGAUUAAAGAAACCCGAAAGGAAAAAUGGAACAGUUCACAGCACCACCAUGAAUCACCUGUCCGACUCGAAGCUGCCCAAAGAGGAAGCGUUGAGGCUGCUGCGUGUGGAAAUGCAGCGCUGCCUGGGAUGUUUAAAGGGAAAGAGGCAGAAGAUCAACCAGCUGCAGGAGGAGCUGCGGCUCGCUGAGGGUCGAGUGGGAGAGCUGGAGGCCCAGCUGGAGGAGGCGCAGCUCUGCUCUGCAGCCAGAGAAACCAGCCAGAUGAAACAUCUGGACACGACUGAAGGCUCUCAGAAAGAGUUGAGAUCACAGAAAGAGACACACCUGCUGGAACAAGUGGAGAUGCUUGAAAAGAAGAAUAAAGAGCUGAAACAGAAUGAGGAAAAGCUGAAAUCUGCCAACUCUGAGCUGUGCACCAAAAUGAGAGAAAUGAUCCAAGAACUGGACCAAGAAAAGCAAGAAGCUACUCAGAGGACUGAGCGGAUAAAUCAGCAGUAUAGAGAUGAUGUGGUGAACCGGGUCAGAACAGAACUCCUUCUAGAACACAACGUGGAGGUGGAGCAGCUGACUGCACAGCACCAGCAGGAGAUUCAGCAGCUGCAAAACCAGCUGUCAGAGGUCAGCGAUAAAAUGUUGGCCGUGCAGGAAUGUUACAUUUCUGUGUGCAAAGAGAAGUGUUUCCUGGAGGAAACUCGUCAGAAGAAACAGGAAGAAAAGAGCAGUGAAGCUUUGGAGAAGCUGAAGGGUGAACAGGAGGCUCAGCAUCAGGCCGCCAUGCUGAAGCUUAAAGAAGAAUGGACCAAAGAGAAAGAGGCUGAAAUCCAGCAGGAAGUGAGCUGCCAUGUUGCUUCCACUGAAGCCAAAUGGAAGAAGGAACUUCAAAAGAGAGAGAAGACGUGGGUUCAGAAGCUGGAGGAGGCAAAGAAAGAGAGAAACGCUGCUGAGGUGAGCUGCCAAACAGAAAUUGCCAGCGGUCGGGCAAUUUCUGCUGAGGAGCUGGACUCCAGGCUCGCUGCCCAGAAGCAGCAGCUGCAACUGGAAGCUGACAAAGUGCAACGCAAAGCUGUGGCGGAAGCCAGGAAACAAAUCCAGAGAGAGUUGGAAGAGAAACACCUGAACGACAUGGCCAAGCAGGUUGAAGGGGCUGUAACCCGAGCCUACAGCCGCUGGAUCGAGGAUCUGUCUUCAUUACCAGAAUACCAAACUUUACUCCAAAGAGAAAAGGAGAAAUGGGAAGAGCUGCAAGAAGAAAUCACAAAGGAAAAAGUAUCCCAGGCCUUGCAGGAAGCAGAGGAAGAGUGGCGGAAAAACCAAGUGGAGCAGCAAAAAGCGGUGGACCUUCAGGAGGAGCUGGCAGCUCUCAAGAGCCAGCUGGAGCAAGCCAGCAGAGAGCAAGCCGCCCUGCUGAAAGCGGAGCUGGCUGCAGCGCGAGCCGCAUGGUUCAGAGACAAACAGCAGGAGAUCUCCAUCAUCCAGGCCCGAAACGAGCAAACCUACCAAUCCAAGCUGCAAGAGCAGUGCAAAAACCUGGAGCAGGCUGUGCAGGAAGCCAGAGACGACGCUGACCUCCAGAGGAAGGAGCUGCUGUUGCAGCUGGAGGCCAAGCUUCAGCAGACUCUGAGGACACAAGAAGAAGAGUGGAGGUGCCAGUAUGAAGAGAAGGAGCUGGCUGAAAGACAGCAGAAGAAGGAGAAGUUUGUAUUAGAGCUUCAGACGGCACUGGCCCAGGCCUCUUCACGGCUUCUCAGGCCUGCUGAAACGGAGCGUCAGGAGGCUGAGGACAGCAGAAGAACCAGUGGAUCCCCGUCAGAAACUACAAUCACAAACAUCAUUGAAACAUCGUGCAGAGACAUGAUGAACAGAGCGGUAACAGAGGCCAAGAAGGAGUGGAAGAAAAUGAGCGAAGAAAAGCUGAGCUGCAUCCUAAAAGAGACGCAAGAGAAACACACAAGAGAAAUCAACGAAAUUCAAGGCUCUUUUGCUCAGAGGAAGGAGCAGUCUGGCUGCAGGAAGGGAUGCACUGAGAGUUUGGGAAAGCUGCAGAAGAAGAAUCAGGAGCUCCAGAGACAUUUAGAGAAAGCCUGUCGUCAACUUCAGCAUCGCAUCCGUGAGCACAAAACGGCCAUGCAGCGGCUUCGAGAUGAGCAUGAAAGCAGCAUACAGAAGCUGAAAGAGGAACAUCUGCAGCAGCUGGAGGAAGUGAAGAGAGCUAAUGAAUCUUCAGGAAGUUCGUAUCACCAACAAAAUCUUCAGCGAGGCCUGGAAGAGAUGAAGCAGCAAUACCUCGUCACCGUGGAAAAGAUCAGAGGGGACAUGCUGCGCUACCUGCAGGAGAGUCGAGAGCGCGCGGCGGAGAUGAUCCGCAGCGAGGUGCAGAGAGAGAGGCAGGACACGGCCAGGAAGAUGCGGCGCUAUUAUCUGACCUGUCUGCAGGAGUUACUGGAGGACGGGGGGAAAGCCACAGGUGCUGAGAAGAAAAUAAUGAGUGCUGCAAGCAAGCUGGCAGCCAUGGCUAAAGUGCUGGAGACCCCAGUAAAGAGUAACUCUGGAAAUAAUUACUCUCUACCAAGUUGUUCGACGGGGGAAUCUUCCGGCGCCGUUGUUGGCGUUCCAACUAGAAGUUCAGGUUUCCGUAGCAACCUGACGACGCUAAAUGAACUUCUUGAUGUGAGACCAGAGCAGCAACCCCAAAGGGAAAAGGUUUCUGCUGAUUCAGGCCCCAAAUCAACCGCAGCAUUUAGGACCAAACAUUUAACCCACCAGGACUCUGAGGACGGCUCCGUGACAAAGCCACAAACCUUCGAUACGAACACUUUCCCUCACAAACCUUCCCAGUCCCACGUGGGUUUCGCCGGUUUGUCUGCAAGGAGGAAAAGCUCCGAGUGGUUUUUGCAAAGAGGCGACUCCAGCAAGGCAGAGUUGGCGCGGCAGAGCCGGCCGCUCCUCAUCCAGGAGGCUCCAGUCAGAGAGGAGAAGCAGACCGACUGGAGCCUGACCAGCAACGACUCGGACAGCGGCCCAAACGCAGCCAGACCGCGGCGGAAAGCCGAACCGCUCAGGCCUUUUUCGGCAAAUUCAGCUUCUGAUGCCGACAUAGGAGCACUAGGGGUCGCCACUCCGGACGAUUCUGACCUAACAGUGAACAAGGAAAUCCCCAAGCAAUUACCUCAGACUGAAAACAAGAAAGCAAAGAAGAGUCUGGCCAGAGAGCCGAUCCCCGGCUCAGACGGCGACGUUUUCUCCAGGCCGCUGUUCUCUGAGCUGAGGCAGCGGCAGCAGGACAGCGGCUUCGACAGCCCCUUCUACCUGCAGAAGUAACAGAGGAGGGAGAAGGUAAAGACAUGUAGCUUAAUAAAAUGUGCCUUUAUUUCAGUGUUAUGUUUACAUUUAAAACAAUGGGAGCAUUCUUCAUUAGACUGCAAAAACAAAAUCCUGUCAUCAGCAUCUGUUUCUACGACGACGCAAUAGAGCAACUGGAGAUGGAACAAAAACUCAAGAAUUUUGAUAUCAAUCUCAGAAAUGUUCUAGAAAGAGCAAGGACAUUGCUAGAAU